UAAGCUGGCUUCCUCAAGAGUUCUAUUUCUGGGAGAGGAGCCAGUCAGCAGACCGGGGACCGCACGGCCGCGCUGUCCCCAGCACCCAGCCCGGGUUACCAUGGCCUCCCUGUUCUCUGGGCGUGUCCUCAUCCGAAACAACAGUGACCAGGACGAGCUGGACACGGAGGCCGAGGUCAGUCGCAGGCUGGAGAACCGGUUGGUGCUGCUGUUCUUCGGCGCCGGGGCUUGUCCGCAGUGCCAGGCCUUCGUGCCCAUCCUCAAGGAUUUCUUUGUGAGGCUCACAGAUGAGUUCUAUGUGCUGCGGGCGGCGCAGCUGGCCCUGGUGUAUGUGUCCCAGGACCCCACAGAGGAGCAGCAGGACCUGUUCCUCAAGGACAUGCCAAAGAAGUGGCUUUUCCUGCCCUUUGAGGAUGAUCUGAGGAGGGACCUCGGGCGCCAGUUCUCCGUGGAGCGCCUGCCGGCGGUCGUAGUGCUCAAGCCGGACGGGGACGUGCUCACCCGCGACGGGGCCGACGAGAUCCAGCGCCUGGGCACCGCCUGCUUCUCCAACUGGCAGGAGGCGGCCGAGGUGCUGGACCGCAACUUCCUGCUGCCCGAGGACCUGGAGGACCAGGAGCCUCGGAGCCUCACCGAGUGCCUGCGCCGCCGCAAGUACCGCGUGGAAAAGGCGGCGCGAGGCGGGCGCGACCCCGGGGGAGGGGGAGGGGGAGGGGAGGAGGGCGGGGCAGGGGGGCUGUUCUGACCCCCGACAGCGGAGGAGAGGGGAGAGGAGUGGAGUGUGUUGACGAACCUCCACCCGCGCCCCACCCCCGCACGCCUGUAAUCCCAGCAGUUGGGGAGGCCCAGGCGGGAGGAUCGCUUGAGCCCAGGAGUUCGAGAUCAGCCUAAACAACAGAGGGUGACCCCGAGUCUACAAAAAUUCAAAAUUAGCCGGGCGUGGUGCACGCGCCUGUGGCUUAGCUACUCCGGAGGCUGAGGUGGGAGGAUGGAUUUGAGCCCAGAAGGCUGCAGUGAACCGCGAUCGCACCACUACACACUGCACCUCAACCUGAGCGACAGAGGGAGAUCCUGUCCCCCAAAAAACAAAAAGAAACUCUCCUCCCCCGCCCCGCCUCCGCAAGAGAUCGGCAUGGGGGUGGGGGGUGGGGCCCGGGCGGAGAGCAGGCCCAGGGGAGCUGUUAUGACCCCCUAGGGUGGAGGAGUUGGGGUUUAGUGACGAACCCUCCACCCCAGAGGUAGAAAGCUGGGAGGGCGUGGGGGCGGGGAUGUGGGGUAGGGGGCCAGGGUGGAGGGCGGGGCCGAGCGGGGCUGUUGUGACCCCGUAGUUGGGGAAGACUGCUGGAGGGGCGGCGCGUCUAUGAAAACCCCGCCCCCCACUGCGGGGAGAGAGGGCUGGAUGGAAGUGGGGAGGCUGUUCUGAGUCCUCCUCUGCCCCAGGUGGGCAGGCCACGGGAGGGGAUUCCGUAAUGAGCCUCUUGGGAACAGAGGCGAGGGGAGGGGGAGGGGAUUGUCCGAAAUCUCCGCAGGAGUAAGGCGGGACGGAGCUCGGUGUGGGAGCAUGCAGAGGACUGUCUGGGUUUCGAGCACUCCUCUGGGGGCACGCGAGGUUGCGGGGCUGUUCUGAACUCCCAUGAUCAAGAGGGGUGGACGCGAAGUGGGGAGGGGGAGGGUGAUGUCGGUUCUGAGCUCACCCCCAAGAGGGCUCAGGGCAGAGGGGCUGUGAUGAGAUCCCCAGGGAGAAGAGGGACAGGACCUGGGGAGUCCGUUCUGAUCUCCAUGCUGAGGAGGGUGGGAGCUGGGAUGGAGCGAGUGGCAGGGGGUUUUCAGUCCUGAGACGUCCUCUCACCCCCAGGGGUCUGUUCUGGUCUUCCAGGUGCGCAUCUGAGCCUCCGGCCAGGGCGAUAAAGUAGGGAGAGCUUUUCAAGGAUCUCUAAAUAUUUCUCUCUUUUUUUGUAUUUUUUUAUUUAUUUUAUUUUAAUUUUUCUUUAUAAAUAUUUCUGAGACCUGGCUGAGGAGGAGUAGUUAGUGGCUCCAAAAAUGAGAAAAUGCAAACUAAAAUAGAGCAAACGUACUGAAAACGCUAAGUUGCCCACAUACUUCACACGCAAAAUCACAAUCCUUUAACAGCACAUUUCUAUGUUACAGGGGAUGCAUUUCAAUACUUGGUACCACGCGCGCUGGGGUCCCGGGCUGCCAGCAGGAGCCAGGUCUCCCAGGUCUCCUCUGUCCCUCGUAGACCCGGGGCAUCAUCAGGGGAGACAGCAGAAUAUAGAAAUCAAAAACUCCAAUCUAAAACUAUCUCCUCGCUUUCUGACUGUGAGAUCACUUCCCUUAUCUGAACCUUAAAGCCAGGUCCUCCCAGGCAGGUCAGCGGAGAAGGCGGAGCAGGUGCUCGCUAGGCAGAGGAACUGCUGGGUUUGGCCUCUGGCGCCCCCUAGCGUCAGAAUGAGAUGGCACACCUUCUGGGCGUGGCCUAACAUGCAAAUGAAUGCAAACCCCUCCUCUCGUGCCCAGUCUCCGGAAAGGGUUUCCUAGGAGGCCACGCGUGUCCAUGGAAACUAGCAAACAUAACUACGGUGCGCGGGAAUCUGCCUGACUGACUGGAGGAAAGAGGCUGGGGGCCUGGGAAGCAGAGGGGCCUGAAUAGGGAACAACCGCCUCUUUUCCUGCUCACCUCCAUUCCCAACCUCCAGGUUGGAAAAUGGAGGCUCAGGGCCCUGGUGCUGCCUGAUGUUUUGUGCAGCCUCUGAUGCUUCCAACAGCCCUCUCUGGACUUCACUAGGCGCAUCUGUGAAAUGCGUGCAUUGAGGCUGGGUGUGGUGCCUCACGCCUGUAACCCCAGCACUUUGGGAGGCUGAGGCAAUCAGAUCACUCGAGGUCAGCAGUUCAAGACCAGCCUGGCCAAUGUGACAAAACCCUGUUUCUACUAAAAAAUAAAAAAAAAUUAAAAAAAAAUUAGCCAGGCGUGGUGGCACGUGCCUGUAGUCCCAGCUACUCAGGAGGCUGAAGCACGAGAAUCGCUAGAACCCAGGAGGGAGAGGUUUCAAUGAGCCAAGAUUGCGUCCCUGCACUUCAGCCUGGGCGACAGAGACACUGUCUCAAAAAAAAGAAAGCGUCGAGGCAGGGCACAGUGGCUCACGCCUGUAAUCCCAGCACUUUGGGAGACUGAGGUGGGUGGAUCACAAGGUCAGGAGUUUGAGACCAGCCUGGCCAGGAUGGUGAAACCCUGUCUCUUAAAAAAGAAAAAAGAAAAAAAAAUCACUUAAAUUAUCUAUAUCUCAUACCAUCUCAUACCAGGUUACCCUUUUCCAACAAAUCACGGGCCAUAUAACCUGUCAACAUUGUUACUAUUAUUCCAGCCAACAUGCAGUAACCAGCUGUCCCUUCUGGGCAGUGAGGUUGAGGGAGUCCACUCUCUAUCCCUGUCCGGCUGUGUGACUUGGACUGUAUGCUGGAAUUCUCCAAGCCUUCUCCUCCCCUCUCCGCCUCCCCACUCCCUGCCUGUCUGAGCUGCAAUGAGAAGGGCACUUAGCAAAAGGCCAAGGUAGAUAGCUCACCUUGGAGCCUGUUGCAGGGUUAACUUUUCCAAGACACCCCCAAACCAGAGAGUCAUCCCACAUACAAACAGCAGGACCAGCCCUUGGUAUCUGUGUUCCCCCAACAAAUAAUGGCAAAACCUAAGACAGCACUGUAAUUAAUUUUGGCCAUUUUAGAUAAUUGUCCCCUUAUGGUGGGGUUUCAUGUGUGUUUCCACCUCCCUCACCAGGCUGUGAGCACCAGAAGGGAGAGCUGGGCCUGUCUUGGUCACCCCUCGGUCCUCAGAGCCCAGCACACAGACGGGCUCUCCACUGGUGUUUGUUGUAUGAAAGCAUCAUACAGCUCUGUAUUCCCACCACCCAGAGCAAAACUGGAGCCCUGAUCCUAAUGAAUUGUUGAGCCCCUCAACUUGGGACUUUUCCUUACCUGAAAAACGUGGAAAACUCACCCUAACACUGGUGAUGAUGAAAGAGUGAAGGUUGGACUGACGCCUGAUGAAUGAAUGAAUGAUGAAUGAAUGAACUGAAAGAAGGAACAGGUUCCUCCUACAGAUGAGGAGGCCCAGAGAGGUUAAGGGAUGUGUCCAAAGCCACACAGCAAAGCAGGCCACCCGGAAGUGAAGGGUCACCCCAUACUCUUCCUUAGGGCCAUUUUACCUACAAGGCUGAGGGCACAGGGCCCACAAACUCUUCUCAAGGGACCCCAAAAUUUCAAACCUGAAAAAAAUAAUGCCAGGCCAGGCACAGUAGCUCAUGCUUGUAAUCCCAGCACUUUGGAAGGUCCAGGAGGGUGGAUCCCUUGAGCUUAAGAGUUCCAGAUUAGCUUGGAUGACAUAGUAAGACCCCAACUCUAUGAAAAAUUAAUUAAAUUUAAAUGGAGAAAGGACUUUAAUUGACAUUUCUCCAAAGAAGAUAUGUGAACUGCCAAAAAGCUCAUGAAAAGACGCUCAAUACUGUUAGUUAUUAGGGAAAUGCAAAUAAAAACCACAAUGAGCUAUUAUUUUAUAAACACCAGAAUGACAGUUAUCAGGGAGGAGGAGGCUGGGUGAGGUCGCUCACCCCUGUAACCCCCAGCACUUUGGGAGGCUGAGGUGAGAGGAUCGCUUGGGCAUAAGAAGUUUGAGUUAGGCCGGGCGCGGUGGCUCAAGCCUGUAAUCCCAGCACUUUGGGAGGCCGAGGCGGGUGGAUCACGAGGUCAAGAGAUCGAGACCAUCCUGGUCAACAUGGUGAAACCCCGUCUCUACCAAAAAUACAAAAAAUUAGCUGGGCACGGUGGCGCGUGCCUGUAAUUCCAGCUACUCGGGAGGCUGAGGCAGGAGAAUUGCCUGAACCCAGGAGGCGGAGGUUGCGGUGAGCCGAGAUCGCGCCAUUGCACUCCAGCCUGGGUAACAAGAGCGAAACUCCGUCUCAAAAAAAAAAAAAAAAAAAAAAAAAGAAGUUUGAGUUGAGACCAACAUAGCAAGAACCCAUCUCUACAAAAAAAUUUUUUUAACUGGCUGGGUGUGGUGGCUCACACCUGUAAUUCCAGCACUUUCAGAGGCCGGGACAGGAGGAUCACUUUUGGUCAGGAGUUUGAGACCAGCCUGGCCAACAUGGUGAAGCCCAUUAAAAAUACAAAAAUUAGCUGAGUUAGGUGAUGGGCACCUGUAAUCCCAGCUACUCCAGAGACUGGGGAAAGAAUCGCUUGAACCCAGGAGGGGGAGGUUGCAGUGAGCUGAGAUCUCACCACUGCACUCCAGCCUGGGCAACAGUCAGAUUCUGCCUCAAAAAAAAAAAAGGCCAUUACGAGGGAGGAGGCUGAAUGUGUGGCUCACUCCUGUAAUCCCAGCACUGUGGGAGGCUGAGGUGAGAGAAUCACUUGGGUAUAAAGAGUUUGAGACCAGACCAACAUAGCAAGACCCCAUCUCUAAAAAAAAAAAAAAGAAAGAAAAAAUGCUUAAAAAUUAGCCAGGCACAGCUGGGCGUGGUGGCUCACUCCUGUAAUCCCAGCACUUUGGGAGGUUGAGGCGGGCAGAUCACAAGGUCAGAAGAUCGAGACCAUCCUGGCCAACACGGUGAAACCCCGUCUCUACUAAAAUACAAAAAAUUAACCGGGCGCAGUGGCACGUGCCUGUAGUCUUGGUUACCGGGAAGGCAGAGGCAGUGAAAUUGCUUGAACCCGGGAGAUGGAGGUUGCAGUGAGCCAACAUCAGGCCACUGCACUCCAGCCUAGCAACAGAGUGAGACUCCUUCUCAAAAAAAAAAUAAUAAUUUUAGCCAGGCAUGGUGAUGCUUGCCUGUAGUCCCAGCUGCUUUGGAGGCUGAGGCAGGAAGAUCACUUGAGUCGAGGAGGUCAAGGCUGUAAUGAGCUAUGAUCACACCACUGCAAUUCGCAAUCCAGCCCUGGUGACAGAGCAAGGCCCUGACCAAAAAAAAAAAAAAAAAAAAAAAAGAAGAAGGGCAGGAGGAAACAGGUGUUUUGGAGGAUGCAGAGAAAAUUAUUUUUUAAAACCUCAGACAUUGUUAGUGGAAAUGGAAAAUGGCUGCAGCUGCUGUGGAAAAGUUUGAGGGUUUCACAAAUAGUUAAAUUCGAGUAAUCACGUGACUCAGCAACUCCACUCCUAGGAGUCCAUUCCCCACAAGAAUGAACGGCAGUGACUCAAGAAGAUACCUCUGCACAAAUGUUGAUAGCAGCAUUACUCACCUUCAUCAAAAGGAAGCAGCAACCGAAAUACCCAUCAAUGGAUGAACGGAUGGGCACAAUGUGUUCCAGACACACUGUGGAAUAUUACGCAGCUGUAAAAAGGAAUGAGGCACUGAUUUAUGCUAAAACCUGGAUGAACCUUGAGUGCAUGAUGCCGAGAGAAACCAGAAGCAGAAUGCCACCUCUUGUACAAGUCCGUUGCUAUGAAAUAUCCAGAAUGGGGAAAUCCACAGAGACAGGAAGUAGAUUAAUGGAGGGGGGAUGGGGAGUGACCACUAAUGGGGACAGGGUCUCCUUUUGGGGGUAUGAAAAUGUUCUAGGACUAGACAGAGGUGAUGGUGGUACAACUCUAAAUGCCACGGAAUAAAAUGGUUAAUUUUGUUUCUCUA